UUUUAGGAUCAGUACGAUCGCAGACGCUUGGGGAGGCGGUAAUCCCGCUUCACCCGCGUUCGACGCGCCUUCCUUUAUCACAUAUCACCUUUUGUAGUUUACACCAUUUAUCACUACCAUCACCAUCAUUCUUGUCAAUACUAUCAUUACCAUUAUUAUUGUUAAUAUUAUUUAUAUAGUACUAUAUUUUUAACCUGUAAUACUGUUAUUGUUAUUAAUAUUUUCCCUUUCUUCCCGCCUCUACAAUAAAUAAAAGUCUGCCUGUCACCCAAUUGCACAGUUUUUCUUACGACUCAAUCAAGUCUACAUGUGUGUCGUGUCUAAUUGCCACUACUCUCCACUGGGAGAUACGAUAUCUUGGACACACGGUUUACUGCGCUUGACCUUCUCAUUAAAUCACAGAAAAAUCAACAUGAUGGUAUUACUUGAAAUAAUUACUGGUGUUCUGGUGGCGAUUUGGGAGUUUGCCAUGAGCUACCUGCUGUAUUGGAUAUUUUCUAAAGGGAAGAUUCCCGGGCCACUUUCAUUCCCGGUUCUCGGGACCAGGUGGAUUUUUUCGUGGUUCGGCCGCUAUCAGAUAGAUAAAGUCCACGAUGCAUACAAAGACCUGAAUCGAAGGUACGGUCCAGUGUGCAAGGAGGAAGCGCUCUGGAAUCAUCCAGUUAUAUCAGUAUUUUCACGGAAUGACAUUGAGAUGGUGAUGCGACGGAGCUCGCGAUUUCCUAUACGUCCACCUCAGGAGGUCAUAUCAUCUUACCGACGGUCUCGCCAAGAUCGUUAUACCAAUCUCGGCCUUGUCAACGAGCAAGGAGAGACAUGGCACAAAUUGCGCGAAGCUCUUACGCCAGAGCUCAUGGGAGCCAGCACAGUCCUCGGAUUUUUUCCUGCCCUCAAUCAAGUCUCCGACGAACUUAUUCAGCUUAUAAAGCAUCUUAGGACCGGAAGCACUAUCAGCUCCUUCGAGGACAUCGCUUACAAAGUUGGUCUUGAAAGUACGUGUACGUUAAUUCUCGGAAGGCAUUUAGGAUUUUUAAAGCCCAAUUCUUGUUCUCUGACCUCGAGAUUGGCCAAAGCCGUGAGAAUUCAUUUUACUGCUUCUCGCGAUGCAUUUUACGGACUGCCGCUUUGGAAAAUAUUACCCACUACCGCUUACAGACAAUUAAUAGAAAGCGAGGAUGAAAUUUACAGUAUAAUAUCUGAACUACUGGACACAACAAUACAGGAGCAGGAUGAAAAUGCCCGAGACGAGCCGGUGGAAGCUGUCUUUCAGUCUAUUUUGAAAGAUAAAAAUUUAAAUAUCAAAGACAAAAGAGCCGCUAUAAUAGAUUUCAUAGCCGCGGGAAUUCACACGCUAGGCAAUACUCUAGUAUUUAUUUUCCACUUAAUUGGAAGCAAUUCAAAGGUCCAGCAGGAGCUCUACGAAGAAGUUAUAAACCUGGCUCCAGCGGGCUGCAAUAUCGCGGCGGAAGAUCUCAGCACUGCUAAAUAUUUACGUGCAUGUAUCACUGAAGCCUUUCGGGUAAUCCCCACGGCACCUUGUAUCGCAAGAAUUUUAGACGAACCAAUUAACGUGUCUGGCUACAAAAUAGACGCGGGUUCUGUUGUCCUUUUGCACACAUGGAUAGCAGGUUUGGAGGACUCCAACUUCAAGAAUGCCAAGGAGUGGAUGCCCGAGAGAUGGCUCAAGCCGACUGCACCCCAUAGUCCGCUUCUGGUGGCUCCUUUUGGAUUCGGACGAAGAAUUUGCCCGGGGAAACGUUUCAUCGAGAAAGCGCUGCAGCUCAUCGUCGCUAAAGUCGUACGCGAAUACGAAAUAGUCGCUCAAGAUGAGCUGCAACUGCAAUUCGAGUACAUUCUCGCCCCCAAGGGACCCGUUUCCCUGCACUUCAAAGACCGCCAAAAUUUCCUGUAAUUACUGACAGACUGUACCGAUAUUUUUAGUUAUUAAUAACUCAUUUCAUUAUUUUUAUUUUUAUCUGGACGUUAUCGUUAGCUGUGUACAUUUUUUUAUAGAAAUUUUUCAAAAGGUACUCGCAUUAUUUCAUAUAGAUAACUGUUUGUUGUUAAUCAACUCCAUUGUUAUUGUAUUUACAUUUUCACACUCGCCAAUAAAUCAUUUAAAUAAAUAAAAUCAUUGCAUGUAUAGACACUUUUCAUAAACUAGAUAAUUUUUCACGAAAUAUUAUUAUUUUAAAUCUUUAUCGCAUUUAAUACGCAGAGGAAAAAUUAUGAGAUUCACUUACAUGAUAUCUAAAAAAGUUUGAAUUAUUUUCAAAAUUUGUUACUUUUUCCGUCAGGAUGGACACUUAUAUGACCAUAAAAAUCUACUCUGUCUUUUUUAUCUUAGUCUGGGAAUUUUUAUAAAGUUUUUCAAAUACAAAAUUUGUGUUUACUAACCAUCGGCUUUAGUUAUGAAAUUUAGCAAAAUUUAAAUUUUUAUGAGGAAAUUUUUGUGACUUUUCAUUUCCUACGCUAAAAAAAAAAAUAAUUUAUUUAUUGAUUCAAAUUUGAAUACAACUUUGAAUAGUAAAAUUUACUUACUACUGCAAUUUAUUUUUUAUAAAACGAAUUCGAAAGUAGAAAUCGGCUCUUACUGAAUUAAAAAAUUGAGCAGGUCUAAACUUUCAAUAUUUUUUUUUUUUAAAUUUUCUCUACUGUCACACUAGCAUAUAAAUUGUAUAUAAACGAUUCCCAUAUGAAUAAAAAAACAAUUUCCAUAAAAUAAUGAUAAGUUCCUACAACAUUAUGGGAAUUUAUAUAACAAAUAUAUGAUAUAUCUUGUUCUCAUACAUUGAAAAGAUGUCCCAUAAACAGUAACAGAAAUUCCUCUAAUUAUUUCUCUGCGCAGACCAAAAUCACUUUAAAUUUUAACAAUGCACAAUAGUUAGAUAAGUUACAUACAUACAUAUAUAUUGGCGAGUCAUAAAUAUAUAAGGAAUUUAUUCACAAAUUGCCUAAUAAUGUAAUAAUGUUAUUAUUGUUGCUCAAGUGGUUAAGACUGAAAUCAAUUCUUUUUGUAAAUGUAAAUCCAUUUUGUCUCAUCAAAAAAAUUAAUUUAUUAAUUAACCGAUCGAUUAAUUAAUUAAUUAAUUAGUCAUGCGCUCGUGCAUCACCGACUCGUAGAAGAUAUUUAAUAGAUAAUAAUUAUGUUUCAUUGUUAGUAUAAAAAAUUACAUGUCCGAAAACAUGUACACUAAACAAUGAUCUUAAAAAUAUGUAUUUACGUUUAAAGUAAAUAUGUACUAGUACCUUAUCUGCUAAAAUAUAUGUACUCAUAGAUAAUAUUAAAGUAAAUUUUUGUAAAUACAAAAAUUUAUGUACAUACAUCAAUAUUUGUACAACAUAAAGGAUUAUAAAUAUAGAUAUAUAUUAGGGAUGUGCAAAUCGUGUUCGAAUCAAAUAUAAAAAAAGAGGAUA